UCCCGGACCGAUUUGGCUAUGAGCGCAUCGGAGGGCAGCGGCUACGCUUCUCCAUCCACCGUGUGUUGUAGCUCCGGUUAGUAGUUGGCUCGGCCUCCAUCACUCUACGGCGAUUGCGGUCUCUGAUUCGUGGUUGCGAUUUGUUGUCUGGGUGGGCGACAUCGUCGAGGGAGCGAGUGGCCGUGACUCGUACUGGUUGGUUUCCGCGACAGGCAGCUCGAUGAGGAGAGAGGGGGAGGCGGCGAUGCGAUGCCUGCCGAAAGAAGUCGCGGCGGCGGAUGCGGUCCUGGCUGCCGUGGAUGGGGCGGUUGCGGUCGUUGCGUUCCUGCAGUUGUUUAGAAUUCACUUGCGCAAUCAGCAACUUGGCUGGACUCGCCAAAAGAUAUUCCAUCUCAUGAUUGGCUCUUCCAACAUAGGCUAUGUAGCAUACUUCAUAUCUGCCCUUGUUGCUACUUGCAAGGGAUGGCAAUGUUGGUCACAUGGUUGUGGAUUUGUUCUCAUGGUUGGCCCUCAAAUUAUCUUUUUUGCUGCAUUUCUCCUGCUUAUUUCUUUCUGGGUCGACUUGUGUCAUCAAGCAAGUGAUGAUGAAGAGGAAGAUUAUGAACGUGGUUACAGUGAAGCUUUGUUGGAUAAGUCAAUGGAUAAACAAGGUCGGCCACAUGUUGAUGGGUGUAGGGUAUUUUGCUUUCCUCGAGCCAUUCAGGUUGGAAGCCGACAAAAGUUUGUAAUCUUGGUGAUUGCUCUCACAUUUAUAUCUAUGAUUGUCUUUUCAAUCUUGAUAUGGAUUGGCGGAGGGAAAAAUUCUAUUGAUUCUUCAAUUGCAGCUCGGGUUUAUCUCUAUACUUUUUCUGCAGCAAUGCUCCUUUUAGGUGGUGCUUUGGCUAGCUAUGGGACUCUGUUGUUUUCAAAAAUGAGCAAAGUACGUUCUGAAAUGGCAUCUACUGAAAUGUGGAAGGUUGCAAGUUUGGCAGCUGUCAGUGUUCUAUCUUUCACAUCAUCUGCUGUUCUAGCCCUUUCUACUACUGUACCAUUGGAGAUGCUUUCGCAUUGGCCUUCACAACAUUCAGAGAACUUAAUCAGUUCAAUUUUUAUUUUUCUCUACUAUUUUAUAGGUUCAUCAGUGCCCUCAGGCUUUGUCUUAUUGGUCAUGAGAGAUAUGCCGCCUCCACAUGUAGCUUAUGCUCAUAGACCAUCGCAGUCUACUGUUGUAACUUUCAUAAGAGAGCGAGAUUCAGCUUCUCAAAAUCCACAAUGGAGGAAUACUGUAACAUCUUCACAGAAUAAGUGUCUUAAAGCAAGUCCCAUAUAAGAUGUUCACUCCCAUACUCGAUUUAUUAGAAACAGUGGAGGAUUCCUUUCACCAGUCACCAUCCUCGGAGACAAAGCGACAAAGGUGGCUUCCAACACUUGACCAUUCAUACAAACUGAUCUUCUGCUCGCUUCAAUGAAAUGGGAAACCCAUUUAGAUCUCCAACUCCAUGGCAAAUUGGGUGAGAUGGUAUGAUCAGCUUCAUUAGAUUUGUACAUAAAUAAAGGUCAAUCCAGUUUUUGCAAUUAGUGCUAAUCCCCUGUUGCUAGGAUCGAUUUUUUUUUUUUGGUCCUGUUUUUUUUGUUAAAAAAAAUACACAAUGUUUCACUUCGAUCCAAUUACUUUAGUGCUUUGGUCUUUUUCUA